AUGGGUCAUAUUAUUUCCCUUUUCAUUACAAUUAACUGUCGUUGGGAGUCUACUAUGGCGGCCGUUCUGAUGACGACUUCUCUUUUUAUAUUUGGAGAAGUGUCAGUUGGUUAUGAACAUCUUCCUAUAUUCCGAAUAAUUCUUGCAAUAUUAUUUGGUUUUUUUACGCAGGUACUUGCUUGUGUCUUAAAUGAUAUCACUGAUAUAAAAAUAGAUAAGAUCAAUCAUCCUCAAAGGCCCUUAGCUUCCGGGAAAAUCGACAUUCGGGAAGCUUGGCUGGUGGUGGUAAUAUGCCUUAUUUUCGCCUUAGCCUGUGGACUUACGCUAGCAUCCUCUAAUCUUAGCUAUGUUAGCUUGAUUACCCACCUAUGUUGCUCGAUUUUGUACUCAUUUCCUGGCAUUCGUUUAAGUCGCAAUUGGAUAACGGGACCUUUAACUCUUAUCACUGCAUUUUCAUCACAUGUUUUAUUCACUCUCAGCUGCACAUCACUCUAUCAUUCUGUACUCUAUGGACAACAACUGGUUUUUUUGAUUGUUAGCACGACUGCCAUGCAUCACAUACUUAUCAAUCCUAUGAAAGAUGUUGGUGAUUUGAAAGGUGAUGCAAUAGGAGGCGCUACGUCCCUUGCGAUGUGGAUACCGUUGUGGGCAACUAAUUGCAUAGUAGUUACGGGAUACAUCUUACCUUGGAUUCUUCUCUACAUCAGAGCGGAUUCAUUUGCACCAUCAAUUGACCAAGUUAUCGGUAUCGUGGCAUCAUUAAAAGUUCUGGCUAUCACUUUCUGUGUGGCAGGAUUAGUUAUGUCCUAUUAUCUGCUGUUUGAUCCUGUGCCUUUAAUUUACUAUCGAUAUUCAACAAUAACUAGACUACUACCAUUAUAUUUAUUUCAUGUUGGACAACCGAUAGCACUAUCUUUGGUGCGCUUAUACAACUCACAUACAGGAGCAACAUUUUUAAAAUGA